GCCGAAGGGUUCUGGGGCAGAUUGUGUUUGUGUGCAUCUAACUCGAACAGCCGACCUCUUGCAUCUUGGUAGGGCUGCGGUAACGAGCUCACCAUCCUUUGGGUACAGCAGACCCCAAACAUACCGAGCCCGUGCUUACGCAGUAACUAUGACUCAAACCGAACUUUCCUUCACGUAAGGAGGCCCAUUUGAUCUCGUCCUUACAGGAUGCCUCCCAUGAAAUAUAGGAUUCCAGCUGCCAAAAGGAGGGACAGAAACAUGGAAGCAUGUCAGUGCACUCUUCUUCUGCGACUCGAAGACGUGAAAUGCACUCGAAAUCCAACCGACAUAGUCAGUCAACUCUGCAUAUUUCCUGGCUGAAGCGGCCCACAAACGCACUCACCAUCUCCAUCAUCACCUCAUCCACUCCAAUCAUUACAGAAGAAGAUGAAACCCGAAGCACACGUCGGCGUUGCCUUCGGAUCCAAGCUUCUCCGUCCGUGCAGAAAACUCCUGCUGGUCUUCCGGCUCAGGAAGACGCUCGCUAUAAGAAGAGCGCGAGCGUCUCCCAGCCGCGCCACGUCGAAACGAGCCUCCUCCCCGCUCGAAAGACUCGUACCCAUCUCCGCCUUCGUUUCGGUCAUCCGAUCCCUGAAGAAGAAAAUGAGCGCGAGAGGCAGGCUCAAAGACCGCAAGGCCAAGAGCAGCAAGAUCGGCAAGGUGAUCUCCGCCUCGGCUAUUUCGGAUUCUGGAUGCGAGAGACUGCUGUUUCCCUCGCCGAUCACGCCGGCAGCCUCUUCAGCAAUCCACAACGCUCCUUCAAAGUCUUUGAAGAGGAGUGGUUGGGACAGUUACGAGGAUGGCGGCGACGGUGUUGACGAAGUGGAAGAUGCGUGCAGGAGCUUCGAGAACUACUUGGUGGGAAUGAUAGCGGAAGAAGGGAAAGUGAGGGAUCUCAUGGACGUGGAGGAGCUUCUCUUCUGUUGGAAGAACCUCAAGUGCCCUGUUUUCAUCGGCUUGGUCUCUCGAUUCUAUGGCGAGCUGUGCAGGGACUUGUUCGCCGCCACGGACGACGAGGACGACGGUGUCAGUUCCCAGUGAGGUUUCAUUGCUGUGGUGAUGGAAUAAGGUUGUAAUGCGAAAGCAAGAAAUUAC